AUGUUUUUCUUCAAUCAGGCCAUAGGAGCAGUUUUUGGCGGCCUUUCCGUUGUUCCUGGAAUGUUGAUUGUUUUGAGAUCUGUACCACCGGAGCACCGUAGUAUUUCACUAGGUUUUAAUGGUUUCCUCGUCAGUUUACUAGCUACCCUGCCCUCUCCGGUAUUUUGGGGUAAGAUAUUCGACUUGAGUUGUUUGAUGUGGCAGAACAUAUGCAGCAAAACUGGAGCCUGCCCGAUCUACGACACUGAUCAGCUUCGGAUACGAUUGCACGCCAUCUACGGAGGUUUACGGAUUUUCUCGUUAUUGUCCGAUAUUUGGGUGAUCUACUGGGCAAAAGGCUUGAAAUUGGUUGACGAAGAAGACGAGCCGAAGAAAACAAGCGAAAGCGAUGAUGAUGCUCAGGAGCUCAGGCCACUCACCGAAGGCAUUGAAAAAGUCGAACCUCUCACUGUUCCUCUUUAUGAUAGAUCCCAUAGUAAGGAAGCGGUAUUAGAAGACUGA